ACCAUGCCAUCCUCAAGCAACCACGACACAGACAAAGAACGCCGUCUCAUCGGCGUCUUCAUAUGCACAUACGUCCGCGUCCACUACGCCAAUGAGCAUUUCAUCAAAAACCACCUCACCAGAAUCUUCGCCGCCGUGCUUGAACUAGACGAAGACGUCCUCAAAGACCAACUCCAAGACAAGUACGGAGAUGAAAUGGUUCGCGCCGAAGAGGACAAGAUUGCCAGAUGGAAGGAACGCACCAAGAGUGGUCUUGUGGAUUCUGCUGCCGAGCUUGUGGAAGAUGUGGCUAGAGAGACGGUGGGAGAGUUCGGAGUUGCGCAGCAGGAGUGCAUGUUUCGGCUUGCUUGGGACAUGUAUACUGUUGCCAGAAGGCUGGAGGAGCCCAGCAUCGAGUUUAUCUGA